AUGGAUGAUUGUAAACCGGGAAUCUUCCCUGCUAUUAAACAAACCUCAUUUAUUACAAUGCAGUCACAAAUUCCAUAUCAGAUAAUCUGGGAGUCAGCACAACAAAAUUUUCAAGAUUCUUUGCAAGCUUCUUUGAAAAAGUCGAAUCUAGCGAGAAAUAAGAAAGCGGUGAAGAGAUUUCAACGAAAAGCUGUAGAACAACAGGUUCGACAGUCAGAAAAUGUGGACUUAAAGAAUACAGUUACGGUGUUUGAAACACAGAAUUAUAUUCACAUAUUAAAUAAAACAGAGGAUGAACUUUAUUUUUAUGACAGCGGAGUUAUCGAUAUUUAUUUUACUGCCACUGUUAUACCUGUGAAAGAUUAUCGCUCUGCUUGGUACGAGCAUUAUUAUGACUCAAAAAAGAAUACUUUCACCGCAUUGGACCCAGUUUUCGUCACCAAAAAGAUUUUCGUCACAGGCAAUCUGGUGGAAGAGCAUUUAACAAUAACGAAUUGUAACGCGACAUUCGCUAAGGAUUACGUUUUAAAAGUGACCCUUGGGCCAAAAUUUAACACGUCCUUUGCCUGGAAAGCGACUUAUUUGUCGAAAAACCCAAGUUUUGAAAUUGAAUUUAACAGUGAUUAUGGGACGAUUGAUAAUUACUUGAUAUGGAGAAAAAACGGUACUGUGUCUUGUUCAACAUAUGACGGAAAAAUUGAAGACCUUAAAUUGCAAAAGAAAAUAUUUGGGGCUCAAUUUUGGGAAGAUGUAAAUGCAAAAGAGGUUAUCACUAAGAAGAUGUCCGAUAGCUCUUCUUUAAAAUGGUCAUUUUUAGCUGAGAACGACUUUCAAUUUCGAUGCUUAAAUACUACCAGUAAUAAGGUUGCUGAACUGGAAGUAAAUGUAACAGGUACUGACGAGGCUUACGUAGAAAUGGAAAAUAUAAACGGAGUCACCUUCCUGACCUGUGUUAUUCCAAUGAGCAACACUUUUGCUGCGUGGUGGAAAGGCGAUGAAAUACUUUUACCGCAUUCAGCAAUAAUAAAUUACACACAAAGAUUCACAAUCGACACCUCCUUGUUUACUCCGCAGUGGGGAACCUAUCACUGUGAGUACGAUGAAGAUGAAGUGACAGCUGAACUGCAGCCUGUCAUCAAAAUGAGCGGAACUCAGAUUAUCCUUAUACUAUGCAUUAGUCUUAUUGGACUUAUUCUUCUCAUGAUGUGUUUCGCUUACAUUGUCUAUCAAAAGCUGCAUCACCGUUCACAAGUUGCUCGUUUGAAGGGGUUAUUAAAACAGCUUACUGAACCCCCUGACACCCCAGAUAAGGUGGUUGAUCAGACAUUGCCGCUCCAUGAACGCAUAGAACAACUUCCCUACGACCAGAAAUAUGAAAUUAGAAAAGAUAACAUAAUUCCUGACAAGCGGGAAAUUUUACAGAAGAAAUUAGGUGGCGGCGAAUUCGGAAUUGUGCUACUUUGCCGUCUUCAGAAAGAAACUGGAAAUCCUGAAUCUAUCGAGGUAGCGGUAAAAAUGCCUCGUGACAAAUAUGACGUUAAGCACUAUAAAGCACUGGUUGAUGAAAUGCGAAUAAUGAUUGCUGUUGGUAUUCAUCCAAAUAUUCUGUGCUUCAUUGGUGCUGUUGUUCAACAUAUUUCCAAGCAGUUCUUUUGUGUUGUUUACGAACUGUGCCGUCUGGGUGACCUACGAAGAUUCUUGAUAUUAAAUCAAAGUAAGUACUGUGACGAGAUACUUAUCACGGAGCAAAUAUCGGAAGACGGCUAUCUGCUAGCAAACUCUGACCAACGAAAGCUACUUCAGCCGUUCAACGGUGUAAGUGACAAAAACGAUGACGAAGCUAAUGAUCUUUUACGUUGUAAGAACAAAUAUUUUUCCACCACUGAUCUGAUAUCCUUUGGUUACCAAAUUGCUUCCGGAAUGAACUAUUUGACAAGUAAAUCGGCAACUCGACAAAAAAGACCACUUUAUCAAAUGAAGAGUAAUACACCGUUGCCAAUCAGAUGGAUGUCACCUGAAGCUCUUAAGACAUUUGUUUUUUCAGAGAAAUCGGAUAUCUGGUCAUUCGGUGUUCUUUUGUGGGAGUUGUUUUCAUUUGGAGAGCUACCAUACAACGAAUUCGACGAUAAUAAAAAACUUUAUGAACAUAUUUGUACCGGAAACCAUCCGCAAAAACCACCUUCCUGCCCAACAUUUAUGUCAGUCUACCAUUGUUUUACUCUAUAUGAUUUCAUCAAAAACUGUUGGAAUUUCAAUCCUAAAGAUCGACCGUCCUUUAAAGACUGUGAACUGUUCCUACAAGAAGUCUUUUCAAAAGCGUCACCUGUGAUGAAGCAUCGAGUUGAGUGCCAACUUCAGAAGGACAUGGAGACGAUGAAACGUUAUGUAGAAUAUCGUAAGGAACACCACGAAAAGUUGGCAGCAGAAUCAAUUCAAAUUCAAAUAAAUGGCGACGACGGAUUGCAUUGUGGUUUGCGUAAAGCAGUCAAUGACAAUGACCGCAAACUAAGCUCACGUUUGUCUAAUAGCAGCUUUAAUUCCCCUUAUUAUAUACCGCUGCGAUAACU